AUGACCGGUUAUGUCCUAUUCAUGAUUGAUAAAUCACCGGAACAGUAUCAUGAGUAUAAACUUGAUAGAAAAGAUCCAAAAAAUUAUGAAGAAGCCGAAAAUGCGAGACUAACAUUAGAAGAUUUGCAUUCAAGCGACCAACCUGGACACAAUGACGAAUCUAAAGAAUAUACAGCAACAGAAAAUUAUCGUGCUGGAGGAGAACGACUUUUGCACCACCAUUUGUCAAAGCAUAUACGAUUAAGCUCCGGAUCAGGACAAAAUGUUUUCCCGGGGUAG